AAAUGGUUGCUGACUACUCCGUUAGGGUUUAUUAUCCAUUCAAGAUUUGGUUUAAUACAUUGGUAAUUGUCAUUUAUUUAAUUUAAAGUAUAUUGUUUAAUUAUGCUUAAUAGUGUUUCUUUUGUGUAAACAAAUCAACAUAAGUUGGACAAAAUAUUGUAAUAAAUUUGAUGGUUUACAUUUAAAUUGCAAUCUUUUGCCUGUAAACUGUAAAAAUGACGGAUAUUUUUUCAUGUCAAUCCUGUGGAUUAGAACAGCGGUAUAAGGCUAUCCUUCAUAAAUAUGAUAAAGUUGUUAAAGAAUGUGCUGAACUGCAGCAGUCUUUGGCUAAAGUGCAGAGCCAGCGAGAUGAAUAUAUCAAGGAAAUUAACCGAGUUAUUACUGCACGUCUUAAGGCCACUCAAGAUUUAUCUCGAAUGACUGAAGAAAGAAACUCGGCUAUUCAAGAAUAUAAUUUGAUCAUGUCUGAGCGGGACACAGUGCAUAAAGAAAUAGAAAAAUUGCAAGAGGAACUGGCAGAUAAUCAAAAGAAAUUGAGUACUCUACAAGAGGAGAAGAUUGUGAAUUUAGAACAAAUAGAUAGUUUGAAACGUAAAAUAACCUCAGUACUGAUUGAUCGUGAUAGACUAUCUAAAAAAAUUCAAGAAGAUCGAGUGAAAUAUGGAGACUCUGAAGAAGAUUCUAUCUCACCUCUUCGUUCUCCUUCAUCAUCUGUUAACAACACCAACUCGGCAAAUAAUAACAAUCACAAUUCACAUAAUCAGUGGGAUUCUUCAUCUUCCGGUAUAUCUUCUUCUUGGAAACAAACUAGCAUGGCAUCUAUUGGAAGUCAUGGCCAGUCUCAUCUUGGCUCUUCCAGACUUGGUUCCAUGGAGCAAGUAAAUGCGGAGAUUGAGCUUCUUCGGCGACAAAAUGAGCGUUUACAGCAAGAGUUAAUGUACAGUCAUAGUGAAAUUGAAACGCUCAAAAAAGAACGUGAUGAUGCUUUAGAAUUCAAGGAAAAGGUUUCGCUUGAACGAGAAAGCAUGAAAACUCUUUGUGAUAGAUUAAGAAAAGAACGAGACCGUGUUGUUUGUGACUUAGCUGAAGCUUUACGAGAUUCCGAUGAUAUGAGACGACAACUGAAUGAUGCUCAAAAAGAAUUAAGUGAAUUAAAAGAGAAAGUAGAAAGUGAUAAAGGUUGUGGAAAUAUAUACAAAGAUCAAAGUUGUUCAUCACUCUCAUCUACCCUAUCCUCACCAACUCACAAUGCUAAUCAACAGCAACAAACUUCAACUUCUCCUACACCAACCCUACUUGAUAGAGCCUACAAUAAAAUUUAUGGAGAUAGAAGAUCUCGUAAAACUAUUGACGUUUCUUCUGGUCAAGAAGCUCGUGAAACUUUGGCCCUACUAGAUAAGGUUCUUGCUGACUAUUCAAAUCAAAUUAAAGUUGCAAAAAAAGCUUUGGAUAAAUCAAAAAAAGAGAAGGAAAAAAAUGGAGGAACGUGGCCGAAAUAUAAAGGACCACAGAUCUUGAGCAUUUUAGAAGAUGAAAAGCUGAAUGGAGGGUCAACCAUGAGAUCAAUAAAUCGAAAAGGACGAAAAUCUCUUGCUGUGUUCAAUCCCAUCACCAAACCAAAUGAUAUGUUUCAUAAUAGUUUGUCACAAAGCAAUAAUUCUUCUAAUGAAAUUACUAGCGGUUCAACUGUGUCAAAUCGAAAUGAAUCAAACAAUUUUUCUAUUUAUGAUGAAGUAAAUGAGCCCCGAUCUUCUGCAUCUAUAAAUGAUUAUCAUUCCCAUUCCUUAAAAAGCACUCCAUCUAAUUCAUCUACACCGAUUCCUGUCGGCAGUAUCCUCUCACCUUCAGAGCAAAUCUCAUCAACUGAUCUCCAUCCAGAAACAGUUAAUCGCCUUGAUAGUUAUGUUUCACCUCGAGAAUCUAAUUUCUAUAGAUCAAGAGGUAAAGCUGAAUCUAUUGACUACUCUGUAGUUUCUGCUCAAAUCCAGCAACAUCAAGAAAGAAAAAUUGGUGACAGUAAUUACCGUCGAGUCAAUAAUAGCGCUAAACUGAGACCCCAUUCGGUUCAUGAUGUUCUCUCAAAUGCCUUUGGUCGUACCACUUUAUCCCUCGAAAAUCCAACACCAUCCUCAUCUUCAGAUCACCCACAUCAUCAUCAACAGCAAUCCUCUCAUGAUUCAUAUAGACUUCCACCAUCUAAACCAUCUCUACCCAUAUCUCCAAAUCGAACAUCCGGGGAAUCUCUUGGCAUCUUCCGUGUUGCUCAACCAUUUAAUAAACGGACAAUUUACACCAACCCCACUCAUCCUUUACCAGCGUCGUUGCCUUCAUCAUCAUCAUCAUCAUAUCAUAACUCACAAAACAUAUCUUCUUUAACGCGUUCUAAUCAUUCAACUCACCAACCAUCAUUACCACGUCGUUCGCCAAACUCACCGCAUUCUCCUACUUAUUCUCAUCCACUUAGAAAAAGUGAACCCGGAGCCAAUUCUAAUUUGGAUAAUCAUAUUUAUGAUCUGCCUACAACAACCCAUUCUUCUACCGCAUCUUCUAUUACUACCACCAAUAACAACGUUAAUAAUACUGUGCGACCCAUGAGCCUUUACCAACCUAAUAUCCCUAAAUUAACAGUCAAAGACAGUCAUGAAACUUCUCAUUACUCCAAUACAUCUCCAACUCUUUCACUAUCCAGUUGUCUGAAAUCAGAUUAUUCUGGUUUAAUCAAUGUACCCAGAACUUCUCACCAUUAUGUUCAAGCAUCACUUCAUUUACCUCAAACCAGUAUGGAUGCCGGAAUUGGAUAUAAAAGUGACGAGAAUGAGAGUGAUUUCAUUUCUUCUUACGACGGAUUAUCAACUUUUCCUAAAAGAAGUGCUCGCAUCCGAAUUCCCUCUAAUCCAAGUGUAACUUCUAUUUGUUCUAGUGGUAAACUUUCAACCGGCUCGAUCGACAAAGUUUCUUCAUCUGCUCAUUCUGAUCGAGGUAGUCCUCUUUCUUUCAAUGUUGAGUGGUUAAGCUCAGGCAGACGUUAUCGAAAUGCGAACAAUCUAGAACCCAGACCCAGUGAUAUUCGCCAUAUCGAGAUUAUGCGAAGCUCAGGUCCUUUGGGUAUAAAUAUUAGUUCAGUACCUGCUGGUGUUUUUGUUACAACUGUUGCAAAAGAAAGCCUUGCUCAUCAAGCAGGAAUUCAAAUUGGUGAUCAAAUAUUGGAAAUUUGUGGUAUCAAUAUGCGAAAUGCUGUUUACGACCAUGCAGCGAAUAUUCUUCGUCAAUGUGGCGAGAGACUUAACCUUUUAGUGCAAUAUAACCCUAACAAACUAGUAACUAACAAACAGUUCACACUGAGUCAAUCCCCUAUUUCGGGUCAUGCCAAUCAGUCUUGAAAUAUAGGUUGAAUGCAAAACAUUGAAUUGCAGCUAAAACUGAUGUCUAUUUGAAUUAAAUUAUAAUUAGUAUUAGUAUUAUAAUUUCACGUAAUGUCAUGUACACAUGAAUAAGGUGAUAUUUUCUUAAAUAUUCAUUUUGUUAUAUCAAACUUAAAAGCAUGUGAAUGCAAACGCAAGGAGAUUAAUUUAAACUUCAACACGACAAAACAUACGGAUGGUACUGGUUUGAAUCUUUAAGAAUCAGAUCUUCAUUGAGAGCAUUGAAGAUACUUCUUUGCCCAAAUCAAAAUCUUCCGGAAAGAAAAAGAGUCCAAGUAGAGCAAAACCAAAAUUGAAAGAUGAUUCUGGUAAAAGUAAAAAGAAAUUACCCAAAUUGGCGCUUAAAUUUGGUAAAUCAAAGAAAAGAAAGCGACUUGGAUCUUCAGAUGCAUCAGACAUUGAAAA